AGUAGACAGAACGUUCCUGAUGAACUUCUUGCUCGAUGCUUCUCAGAGUCAGGCGUUGGCAGACAGCCCUGAAAUAUGCUUUGACAUCUCCCGCGCUGUUCAUGAGCUCAACAACGGCGUUGCGCAAGGACUCAGCCAGGCGAUCGCUCAAGGAUUUGCGCACGCUCCCACGUCACGGUCUAUCAUCUGCUUUGAAACUGCGAACGACACAAGUACAAGGUACGAGCUGUCAAGGCGCGCCCUCGCAGAACACAAAGUCGAUUGAGCGACACUCUUGUUACUGCGACACUUGUCAACUGUAUCUCAGCUCUUCCAUCUGUUCAGUCUCAUAAAUUACAAGCAGCGGCUGCAGCUUAAGUGCAUAGAAUGGCCUCACCACGAACGAUGAAAUGCGUCGUAGUCGGCGACGGCGCUGUCGGCAAGACUUGCCUGCUCAUCAGUUACACUACCAAUGCCUUCCCUGGCGAAUACAUUCCGACGGUAUUUGACAACUAUUCCGCUACAGUCACAGUGGACGGCGCGCCAGUAAAUCUUGGACUAUGGGAUACUGCUGGCCAAGAAGAUUAUGACCGUCUCCGCCCCUUAUCUUAUCCGCAAACAGAGGUCUUUCUAAUAUGCUUUUCCUUGGUAAAUCCUGCAUCAUGCGAGAAUGUGAAGAGCAAAUGGAUUUCUGAAGUGCGUCACCAUGCCCCGGACGUGCCUAUAAUUCUUGUUGGCACAAAAAUGGAUCUCAGAGACGAUCGCGAAACAAUCGACCGAUUAUCACAAAGAGGACAGAGCCCAGUCACCUUUUCUGAAGGCCUCUUGCUCGCCAAAGAGAUUCGUGCUGUCAAAUAUCUUGAGUGUUCCGCGCUGAAUCAGAAGGGCCUUAAAGGUGUCUUCGAUGAAGCCAUUCGGGCUGUUCUGACCCCACAGACAACAAGACGGAAAGAAAAAAAAUGUGCCAUCCUCUAGGCAGUCUCGUGAAUGUCGUUGCGCUGGUGGAUAUUGUGGAAGGAAGCUGAUGUCGACUGCGCAUUUGCGUCUCCAUUUACUAUUUUAUUAAAGCUAGUGGACUCUUAAACCAUGACUCUUUAUCUUGCAAUCGCCGCCAUAUUCCUCCGUGGCAGCCUCGACGCCUUCAUUGUCGUCAACUCAAAAUCCGGAUUGCCUGCCAA